UAAUCAUGAAAGGUUCACGUUAUUUACAGAAGGCCCUAAGUUUCAUGUCAGUCCUCUUUCCCCUUUCUCACAUCACAGCAAAAAGUGCUUCAAUUCCCUCUUUGCUCACCGAUCUGAGACCUCUGUUUCAGAUUAAAUACCAAAAAGAAGAAAUCUUUAUUAUAGGGUUUCUAGCUUCGAUUAUUUGGGGAUUCUCUUGCUCUCACUUUAUUGAGGGUUUUAUUGGUUUUUGGUGUGGAAGAUGGUGAGCUUCUGAUAAAGAAUUGGGGCGGGAAUUGAAGGACUGUUGAUUGCGGAACAAUGCGGUUGUUUCCGUUGAGCUCGAGCGCCAGUUCGAGUUCAAGCUCGGACAAGGAGCAGGGUAAUGGAGGGAGCAAUCGCGCGAGGUUGUAUCUAAACGUGUAUGAUCUUACGCCUGUAAAUAACUACCUUUACUGGUUUGGCCUUGGGAUCUUCCAUUCCGGCAUCGAAGUGCAUGGAAUGGAGUUUGGUUUUGGAGCCCAUGAGUACCCUACCAGUGGGGUAUUUGAGGUGGAACCAAGAAGUUGUCCAGGCUUCAUCUUCCGACGAUCAGUGUUACUGGGCAGCACCAACUUGUCCCCUUCGGAAGUUCGGUCAUUCAUGGAACAUCUUUCUGCAAAAUAUCAUGGGGACACUUAUCAUUUGAUUGCUAAGAACUGCAACCACUUUACUGAUGAAGUCUGUUUGCAAUUAACAGGAAAGCCUAUUCCUGGAUGGAUAAAUCGUCUGGCACGAGUAGUUUCAGGUUCUUUCUGUAAUUGUCUACUGCCGGAAAGCAUUCAGAUAACAGCAGUUAGACAUCUUCCUGAUCAUCCAGCUUACUCUGAUGAUGAUGGGUUAGAAUCUGUUGUAUCAUCUGUGUCAGCAGAGAGUGAAGGAGAGGAUUCAGAUCAUCAUCUGCUGACUAUACCCAAUGGUGAUGUUGCAUUUGUAAAGGAAAAACCAGUAAGGCUAGCAAGGGAACUCAUGUAGAAUUUUCCUGCAAUUCCUAUUCUUUCUAUCUGGGGUCUUUCUGUUUGUAUUUUAGCGUAUGAGCUUCUGUGUAUCAGUGAUAGUGAGCAUGCCUUUGGCCUAACUAAUUAAAUCCUUUAGUGUUUAUUUCACAGUACAGUGAUCUU